UUCUGUCUGACAAUGGUCUGACAUUUUGUGCUUUAUCGCUAAUUAUGAUAUUAUUUUAUUCUUUAGCUAUUUAAGUCAAAUUAAUAUUACAUAUAAUUCACCACGAUGCCUUGAGAAGCCUUAGGGCCUCAUGUUUUCUAGUGUGAUAAUAUUAGAGUGCAGUGUAACACUAGAGUGAAGGUAAAAAUGGAUUCCGAAGGAUCCAGUUCUGGUCUGCCGGGUUCAGACAACCAAGAUUCCAAUGAGCCCACUCCUCCAGGAACCGUUAUAAGCUUUAAGAGCACUCCACCAACUCUGCCCCGCAAACUGCUACCCUCAUCCAAAGGAGUGGAGAAUGCAAAGAAACGUCUCCGAGCAUUUUCUAUCCAGAAGAAGACACCAAUCCCAGCUGUCCCGCUGGCCAAGCCUGCGAGUUCAGCUGCAGGGACAGGUAGCACAGUGUUGAUCGGUAAGCUGACGAGUGUGAAGCCCGUACCCCCCAAGGUCGUGGAAGAUGAGGCCAAGAAGUUGCCGAGGCCACCUAAACCAGGAGCCAACAGAAAGAAUUUUCAGGACUCCUACACGGAGCUGCAGAAACGCACGCUCGCCGAGAUCGAAGACAUGAAACGUAAGAUGGAGCUAGUGGACCUGGGUAUCCCGCUGGGUCUCAUCUGCCCCAGCUCCACCAACGAGCAGGCCAUGCCCACUAAAGCCAUGCCACCGAUCAAGACCUUCCUUGAUGCGAGUAAAGUCGACGAGAUAAUCAGAGACGCAAAGAAAGCGAGGGCCGAAGGUAAACAGUUCAAAUUCGAUUACCAGAAGAUUCUGCCCGACUACGACAAUCCCUUCCAACGUAAAAUAAGAGAUGAAGGCGAGAAGGAAAAAGAAGAUCCUGCAGAAAAAGAACAGAUACACAAGUCCCCUCGCCCUCCAAAACUUAAUAGAAUAUCUGUCAGCAGAAGUAGAGAUAGCAAGAGGAAAAGUGACAGAUACGAGAGUUCCAGGAGACAUUCUGAUAGAUAUGAUAGACCUAGAAAAAGCGAUAGGGAUAGGUAUAGAGAGAAACAUACUGAUAAGAGUAAAGAAAGGGAUUCUAAGAGAGAAGCUAAAGAAUCAGCAAAAAGCGGAGGUUCAGAGAAUGUAAUCGAACAAGACCCUAAAGAGACAGAUGUUAAUCUCAACGAUUACUUGGUGUGUGACAGUUGGUCGUUGGACAACGAUGACAAAACCGCAAGCCCUCAUGUUGACGACAAAUCUAAAGCUACUCCCACAAAAGAAAAUAAAUCUAAAGAGGUUAAUAAAACUACAAAAGAUUUAGAUAAAAAAAAUGAGGAUCUGCAGAAAGAAGCAAUUUUAAAAGCAGUUGACAGCCCAGGACUGAAAAAGAUAGGGAAACUACAACCUGUUAUCGAUUCCUUUGAAUAUGAAAUAGAUCCAAAUGAAGACGAAAUAUUGUUUGAUGAGGAUUCUAAACCAGAAGACUUUGCUAAAGUUAAACCUAAGAAAAGCUUCGAUUACAACCAAGAUACGAACAUGUCUGACAGUUUAGCUGAUGACAAUUUCCUAGAAUCGGUUAUAAAUGAAAUUAAACAAGAAAAUAUAAGUGAUGAUGAAAGUCAAGAUAAAGGUUUAGUUGAAUACGAUUCUCCUAUAGUUGACUUUAAAUGUCAAGGCACACCUGAACUAGAUGAUGAUAGCCGGCAACGUCUAAGUCGAACAAGUGACUAUAGCGAUAGUUACAGAUCUACUGACAGUGGCUGUAAAAGUACUGAAAGUGGAUACAGAAGUACAGAGAGUGGAUAUACCUCUAAAAGUGACACACAGAAAAGUUCAGAAAAAAAAAGUAAAGGUAGAAAAGAAAGAGAGAAGACAGCGGAGGAAAAGGUAUUUUUGUCGGUAGAGAAAGAGCUUGAUGAGACGUUGGAGAGGAAGGUGUCGAGGUCUACGAUAGUGUCGCUGGAAAUGUGGGACUUUGUGCUCAAGAUAUGUCAGCCGCUGCUGUUUCGACAUGAUAAGACCAAGUGUUACAAACAAACCCGCGUGCAGCCCAGCGUGUGGUGGGCGACGCGACCCACGGCCUGCAACUGCGUGCGCGGCCGCGGCGUCGUGCUCAGCGAGCUGCGCGCGCAGCGCAUGGCGCUCGUGGACCGCGUCUACUCCACCGACCACGUGUGGUGGGCGACGCGACCCACGGCCUGCAACUGCGUGCGCGGCCGCGGCGUCGUGCUCAGCGAGCUGCGCGCGCAGCUGUACCCCGAGUGUACUCUACAAACCCGCGUGCAGCCCAGCGUGUGGUGGGCGACGCGACCCACGGCCUGCAACUGCGUGCGCGGCCGCGGCGUCGUGCUCAGCGAGCUGCGCGCGCAGCGCAUGGCGCUCGUGGACCGCGUCUACUCCACCGACCAGAUAUCUGACGGCCCAUUCCCAACCAAACGCAGCUGGUAUCCGCCCCUAGAGCAUUGCCUCACAGAGAACGUCACUGUACUAUCUAGAGAGGAGGCGGUGCCCCGCGCCGAGGGGGCGCCGCCCCAAAAAGAGGCACCGCCUGAAAAAGAUGGGGCGUUGCGUCAAAAUGAGUUCAGCGUAGAAGGAAUCUCGCUUUGUAUAAAGGGAGUCGAGGGGGCGCGGACCCGCGCUGAGGGGGCAGAGGGGGCGAAGCUCCGCGUUGAGGGGGCUGAGGGAAGGCAGCGGCGGCCGAAGGGGGCAGAUACGCCGCAGCAUGGAGACACGCAGUUGCUAGAUCGAGAAUAUCAGAGGUUUAUGGAAGCCUUAGAGGUCGCGGAGGCCCAGGUUCAAUCCCGCAGCACCACGCCCGUCCGUGCAGAAGACGCAGAACAGAAGAGAGCAGAAGAGAAGGAGAAGGUGAAGCUGAGCAGCGAGGGCUGGAGCCAGGAGAGCGAGGUCGAUGAGGAAGUCGGGAACACAAGUGUGGUGAAGAAGAGCAGAAAACAGAAAGGGGGAGAGAAAGAGAAAGCUCGUAAGAGGAAGAGAUCCCCCUCCACUCUCUCCUCCGCCACCGACGAUGAGGAGGUAAAGAGGAAGAAAGCCAAGAAGAAGACGAGUAAAAAGUCAAAAACGAAGCUGGCGAAACGGCGACGCACGGAGAAGAAACAUAUGAAGAAGCUGAGAGAAAAACAGAAGAAGAAGAAAGCUAAAGCAGUGAAGAUCUCUGAAGAAGAGGAGGAAUCACCCAAGAAGAAAUUAAAAGACAAGAAAAUUAAAAAGAAACUAAAACUAAAAAAGAUCCAAAAGAAGAAGAAAAAAGCAAAAUCCAGCAGCUCAUCCAGCAGUAGUUCGUCCAGCUCCGACUCCGACAACAGAAAGAGAAAGAAGAAAAACAAGAAAAAGAAAGAGGAAGCUUUCGACGUCAACAUUCUUAACAAUAUCAAGACUGAGAAGUUGACAGAUGACGAGAAAUGCCAGGAGAUGAUAGAAGAUUUCUCUCCUAGAAGACAGCAGGAGAAGAGACCGGAGAUUAUUAAUGUGAAGGAGUUGGGGGUUCAGAUAAAGCAGGAGGUGGAGGAGGAAAGGAUGGAGGAGACGGAGGCUAUGGAUGAUUUUGAUUUGAGUAAUAAUAAUGAAUUUAUGGAUACCAGUAAUGUGGAGAAGAAUGACUUCAAGGAACCCCAAGACCGCCUAACACCGCAAAGACCCGAGGAGAACUCCCAAUGCUCCUCCCAAGACUCGGCGUGCAGCGAGAAACCUCCCUCCUACGAGAAAGACGAGAGUCAUCUCCGGCCCUCCUCGCAGAACUCCAACUAUAGCUUUAAUGACGUGAUCGCGAGCCAAACUGGACUCUAUAACAAGGGCAUAGAGGCGGAUGACAAUGAAUACGAACCCGAGAAUUAUGAGAUGUAUGAGCAACUGGCGAUGGCGUAUCAGAGCGAUGUCGCUAGUAAUCAAGUACCUCUGCCUAGCGAAGAAGGCACGCAGCGAAUAGAGACGGUGGUGCGGCGGCGGCUCGGCGAGAUCAAGUGCGACUGGCGCGCCGGCGCCGCGCCGCCGCCGGGCGCGGGCGCGGGCGCGGGGGCGGGGGCGGGGGCGGGCGCCGGCGCCGCGGCCAGGCCCAGUCGCUGGGGUUUGAAGCCUGGCGAGGUGAACAUCGUGCUAACAGGAGGCUCGGACUUCACUCCGGAGCCCGUGUACCGCAUCGACACCAUCACCAGCAGGAACGACAACAGCUCGGGCAGCUACGAUGAAGCCUACAUGGACAUGUACGGCGCGAUGGACCGGCUGCAGUACGGCGACUGCUUCUCCGCGUCCGACGCGCAGUCGCAGUCGCAACAACAAUCGCAGUCGCAGUCGCAGGAGAAGGACCGACGCGGAACACUGGACGAUAGGAUCGAUCAGGCGUUGAGGCACACUGUUUUGGGUGACAUAGCGAUGGAGCCGGAAAAUAAGGAGGCGGACGCUGACAAGGACAACAGGGACAAAGGCAUACUGAGCACGUCGGGCGCGGGCGCGGGCGCGGGCGCGGGCGCGGCGCGCGGCUGUAAGCGCGUGAGCUUCGCGGACGGGUACCGGCCCGGCCAGGACUCCGACACCGAGGACCCGCCCGCUAAGAAGCGCUCUCGCCCCCGGCGCGUGGGGUGCGCGUGGCCGUGCCCCGCGCCGCACCCCGACCACGUGCCGCUGUGGGACGCGCUGCCCCCGCCCCCGCCCCCGCCGGGCUCGCCCCCGCCCCGCGCGCGCCCCCCCGCGCCGCCGCUGCACCUGCUGCGCAGACCGCCCCCGCACGCGCACCCGAGGGGGCUGAGGCCGCCGCAUCCGCAUCCGCAACACAAGUUCGACCUCAACGUGCCAAUGCCCGCGUUCAUGCCACCGGAGCCUCCACCCGGACUCAUUUCCUUCCAGUAAACGCCCAGUAGUCAACUGUUAUUAAAUGACUGUAAACCGUUAAUUA